AUCAAAUCGAGGUGAGGAGGAGUCGAGUCCACGCAACAAACAGAAAACGAGAUGAAUCCUGUCAACACUAGAUCCCGACCGGCGAGCGAUUAAGGAACCACACAAUUCCUGGUGUUCUUUUUUUAAACCACAUUUAACGCCUUUAACCCGUUUGCCCCUCACUCACUCGGCCGGCCAGUCAGCCUUCCUCCGAGUCCGCUAUCAUGCCAAUACUGGACACACAAACCCCCUUAUGAUCCUGCGAUGCCGCCGCGACGCUCACACAAGAAGAGCCGAGACGGCUGUAGACGCUGCAAGAGCCGCAAGAUCAAGUGUGACGAAGUCCAUCCGCGGUGUGGCAAUUGCACCAAACAUGGCGUCGACUGCGAUUUCGAACACCCAGGAGCCGUACGCAUCGGCGGCGGCUUGACUUCUCCCGGGUCCACCAGGACAUCACCGUCUACGUCUUCAACCGUCAAUCCUCUGUACCGGAACCCCGGCGCACUGGUCCUGUCGCAAACCACACCACCAGCAAACAAGAUCCUUGAGCUGCGGCUCAUGCACCACUACACAGCCAUAACCAGCAAAACAAUCAUUGUCACGGCACCUACCACUGAGGAAGUAUGGCGCGACCUGGUGCCACAAAUAGCAUUUGGGGCGAACUCGCAACAUCUUGCCGACAGCAUCUUGGCCAUCUCAGCCCUUCAUCUACGGAGUAUCUACCCACAUGACCAAGAAAUAGUCCGCGCAUCCCACGCCUACAUGGCCUCAUCUCUUCGUGAGUACAGCAAUAUACUCACCAGGGGUAUCAAUGCUACGAAUGCCGAGGCUCUUUUCUUGACUGCCACCUUGAUCGCUAUACAGUCUACUGCCACUCGUGUCUUCACCAAGGAUGAGUCUGUGGUUGCUCCUCAACCAGGUGAUGGGACUAUACUCAAGAACCGGAUAGCUCCCGUUGGCGGCUACAGCCUUCCACUGUCGUGGUUCCAUGCCUUCCAGGGUGUCAAAGCUCUUACCGCAGCCUCUUGGCAAUGGCUUAGGCAUAGCAGUGUCGUGAUACCUAUCAUUAAUUCCCAACCCGUUUUACAACUGGACUUCGCUAGCAACCAUUGCACUCAUUUCGGCCAUCUGCUGGACGGUCUAGAGCAGGAACUCGAUAUGCUGCCGUACGACGAACCCGGCCAGGUACCUCCUAGUCCAUCUUGGGAAGCAAAUGGCACGAAUGCAACUGCCGCCGCCGCAGCAGCAGCAGCAAUGUUUACCGCGUCUGCCUCUUUGGGCUCGGACGGCAGCAGCACAAACGCGCAUCCCCAAGCAUCUAGUGGUAUGGGAAGCCUAACCACGAGCAGUACGCGACAGUCCACGAAGCAGGCCUAUGAACAUGCCGUCGCUGUCCUGAAUUGGGCUCACAAGAUACCUCACAAGGGCUCGCCCCUGGCUUUCCCUGCCACGGUCUCCCGGCGCUUUGUCGAACUGCUCGAGGAGCGCCGGCCACGUGCCCUGGCCAUCCUCGCCAGCUUUUUUGCGCUGCUGAAGUGCCAUGAUUCGACUUGGUGGCUCCGCGGUAUGGCGAGGCGCGAGGUUUUAGGCAUCGUUUCGCUCUUUAACUCGGAUUAUUUUGGACCCGAGAUAGAGCGGGAGUGGUGGCCUCAUCUCGAAUGGUCAGUCCGGGUAGCCUUGCACGACGAUAGGGCAAAUCCGGGGUAUAUUCCGCCAGAGCUUUGGGGUUCUUCGUGGCUCACAAGUGAUGAGACGGAGCUUCGCAAUGAUGCUCCGAAUUUUGUAUCCCAUAUCGAGAUGUUGACAGAGAUGAUCUCUGGCAUACAGAGCUUCCCCGCCCCGGAGCCUGCCCGGAGCAGCUCUUGA